AUGCAUCAUGUUAAGAAAAGAUUUAGGGAUAAAAAGGAAGAGGUCUUGCUGGACAGCCUUGUAAGAAGAGAAAUUUACUCCAACUCACCGGCUAGUUCUGAUAUUUCUAGAGGAGGUGUGCUACCUGACAUAUAUCGCCUUAUACAUAAUGAAUCUACUUUAUGUAAAAGUAUAUCUACUUACACUUUGUAUAAAAACCCUUCUUACUUUUCAAAAUCCCUAAUUGAGAAUAAUUAUAAUUUUACUUUAAGCCGGCGUCCUGAAAAGCUGUUGGCUGAACCAAAUGGUCUAGCAGGUAGACUGGCUGAGUUAAAGGGCAAAAAGAUUCCAUGUGCUCUUGAUUUGACUAUGAAGGCUGUCUUUUUAGCUGUUGAGAGGGAAUUAAAUUCCUCGGUUCACAAGGUUAAUCGGUUAAAGAGUUGGCUUAUUAUCAAAGUUGAGACUAGUGUAAUGCGCGGCAUAGACAAGGAGUGCUGUCUACACAAAACCAGAGAUGCACGAGCUGCUUCACAACCUUUUGCGUCUUCCAUUCCAUGUUUGAGUAUUGUCCCUUUUCCACUUUAUUCAUCGCAACAGUAUUGCUGGACAUGA